AUGUCCCAGAUGACUCCAGCGAUGACUGUCAUCACUUUCACCGUCUCCGUGCUCUGCCUGCUGCCCGCGGCGGCGCUCUCCCGCUGGGCGUGCGAGCGCGCGUGCCCGGCCUCGUGCGCGUGCACGGCGGAGAGGAGCUGCGGCGUGCUGUGCGACCGCUCCGGCUUGGCCGAGCUGCCCAAGGAGUUCCCCUGCGAGGCGUCCGCCAUCAACCUGGACAAGAACAGCCUCCGCUUCCUGUCGGAGAGGGCGUUCGGCACGCUGCCCGCCCUCAGGUCGCUCUCCCUGGACCACAACAACAUCUCCUUCAUCACGCCCGGGGCCUUCAAGGGCCUCGGCAACCUGGUGGAGCUGAAAAUUGCGAACAACGACUACAUCAGUUACCUCCACACGCGGACCUUCACGGGGCUGAAGAAGCUGGCGCGCCUCGACGUGUCCAACUGCAACCUCUUCAACAUCCCCGACCGCGUCUUCCUGGAGCAGACGGCGCUGAAGGAGGUGCGCUGCUUCGAGAACAACUUCCGCCGGAUCCCCGGGGCCUUCAGAGGGAUGGAGAACCUGACCCACCUCUACCUGGAGAGGAACAAGAUCGAGGCGGUGGCCUACAACUCGCUGCUCGGCCUCCGCGGCCUCAGGUACCUGAACCUCCAGGAGAACCGCGUCAACGUGAUCCACGACGGAUCCUUCCAAGACCUCGUGCGGCUGGAGAACUUCUACCUCAACGACAACCUGCUGAGCGACCUGCCGCGCCACGCCUUCCGAGGCCUCGCCCGCCUCAGGAUGCUCAACCUCGGCGGGAACCAGCUGACCAACGUGUCCCGCACGUGGUUCGGCGACCUGGUGGAGCUGGAGGUCCUGUACCUGGACAGGAACCAGCUGCUGACCAUCGAGGAGGGCACGUUCCAGAACCUCAGCAGCCUGAUCACGCUCCACCUGAACAGCAACAACCUCACCGCGCUCCCCUUCCCCGUCUUCCGGCCCGUCUACUUCCUGGCGCGCCUCUUCCUCUUCAGGAACCCGUGGGCGUGCGACUGCUCCCUGCAGUGGCUGAAGGACUGGAUGGAGAGCUACAAGCUGGUGCGGGACGUCCCCUGCGCCUCGCCCUCCUCCGUGGCGGGCCUGGACCUCGGCCAGGUGGCCUUCGCCAAGGCGAACGGCACGUGCGAGGACCCCGGCGAGCUGGACCCGACGGCGGCCCCGGCACCGGCGGCCCCCGCCACCGAGGACCGCUUCCACAGCCUCGUCUCCAAGCUGCUGCAGCAGGAGGUCCGGGGGGAGCCGGGCAACGGCACGGAGGGCCUCCGCAACGGGACGCUGCCGCGGGCCGAGGACGGGCCGCUGGCCUCCUCCUCCUCCUCCGCCGAGGCGGGGGGGGUCGGAGGUCAGCGGGCCCCGGCCGCCCUGUGCGUCAUGGCGGCGUGGCUCAUCCGCGACGGGACUUACUGCCUCGCUUGCACAUGAGCACAAGAAGGAUUCUUAGAAGCUUCCUUCGGAGGGAGGCCUGCCGCAUCGAUGAUGAAAUAUGCGACGCAUCACCGGGGGGGGGGGUGUGCAUUUGUGUGCGUUUGUGUGCGUGUAACGCUCGAUUUGAACGAAUGUUCCAUAAUGUUCGUUAACACACGUCCUUUCGUUCAGCUCCUCCAUCUCUCCAACAUGUUCAUGUUCUCUGUGGCUAAAAACCUGUUAUUUGAAGUCAAAAUGCUCAUUUGAUGAAUAAAAUGUUGCUUCUGACCCGUCUCUGAACGAAGGAUUAACCUCCAUGCGGCGUCGGUUUCAGACUUUUCUCAAAUGCAUUAAUUCAAAAUAAAUGUUCUGAGAAAGUUGCUGUGUUC